AUGUUUGGACAUUUUCUGGUUGCAGCGUUGGCUUUGACCUGUCUUAUUGGUAGCGGAUCAGCAGCCCCAGGGUCAGAAGGAUCACGGGUUCUGCAUUUCCCUGAGCCGGAUAGCACCCUAUCAUGGUCACAACUACACGCGACUACUCCGGAUCUGAACGCCUUCACAGCCUGCGCAUGGAUCAAAACCAUCCGCACCACAAGCGGUCCCAUUCUAUCCUACGGCUCAGAGAGAUGUCAUAGGUGUAUUGAACUUGGAUACAACCCCGUUGGUUACGGCUACUCGGUUGUUUUGAAAGGCGAUGACGUACUGAAUGGGUCCCCUCGUGCUGAAGGACCCGUACCGGCCGAUGGGAACUGGCACCACUGGUGUGUGGUGUGGAGUGGUGCCAAGAGAGAGAUUAAUAUGUACAGGGAUGGUCUUCACACGCUGAGUCGUCCUGUGAACGUUUCACUCAUACCUGGAGGUGGCCAGUGGGUGGUUGGACACACAUAUAACGAGGCAACGCCUUAUGCACAUCCUAGGCAUCCAUCUUUUGUCGGAUUCGUCGGCGGCGUCAACGUCUGGGACCGCGAUAACGUCGACAUCCCCGGCCUGGCAAUAUGUGCCAAUACCAACGAAGGGAGUCUCAUAUCCUGGGAUACUGUCACCAAAACCAACUUCAAGGUGGCAACAUACAAGGAGUAUUGUUAA